CAAGAUGUGAUUGUUUUGCGUUUGAAGCUAUACUGUGAACAAUUAAAGCUGUGCGUUAAGCUAUUAUUCCUUUAAAAUUGAGUUAUAUACGCGUAAAGGAGUUAAACAGUGUAUAUUCAUGAAAUCGGAAGUGCUUAAGGAGCAGAACUAAACUGCAUGAAGUAAACCAGAAGCAAAGACGAUGGCAGGUUACAGCAUUUUUGUAGUUUUUGCAAUUCUAUGCUUUUCGCUUUACUUUUAUGGUAUUUUCGUCACCUUUAAUUCAAUUAACAGCGAUAAGAAUGAUUGCAAAAUGACAUACAUGUUUGAGCACCCUAAUUAUGUGAGAAUCAACUUCAAGGAGAAUGACAAUUUCCCACGAUACAAUUUGUACUCAUAUUCCGAAGGACAUCUAACUGUGAAUGUAAGGAACAUGAUAUUUAAUGGUGCUCCAGUUUUAUUUAUUCCUGGAAACAGUGGUAGCUAUAAACAGUCAAGAUCACUAGCAAGUGUCGCACUACGCAAAGGAAUCGAUAAUGAUUGGUUCCAGCAUCUUGAUUAUUUUGCCGUUGAUUUAAAUGAGGAAUAUUCAGCACUUUUUGGAGGUGUCUUGGAAGAUCAAGUGAAAUUUAUUGAGCAUUCAAUACAAGCUAUAUUGAAGCUUUAUGAACGAUUGAAAUUUCCACCGAAAAAAUUGAUUAUUGUUGGUCAUUCAAUUGGUGGCAAGCUAGUCCAAAAGUUGUUGACCUCACAGGAAACUGCUAAGCUUAUUAAUACAGUCAUUACAUUAGCAUCCCCAAUGGACAAAUCAGUAUUAAAUUGGGACAUUUACAUUAAUAAAUUCUACAACUCAAUUGAAGAUUAUUGGAUAGAAAAUCGACAAGUCGUUCAAGAUACUUUAAAUAACUCAUGCACAGAUCAUUAUAGAUGUAGAACAAAGAAUUUGAACCCAGAAUCAAGCAAAAUACUCGAUGAUAAACUACUCAUAACAAUUGGUGGUGGAAAUAAGGAUUUAUUGGUACAUUCAGGAUUAACAGAUUCAAAAUUUAGCGACUUACAUGUCAUGUCAACAGCAAUGUCCAAAGUAUGGGUCGAGAGUGACCACAAAUGUAUCGUUUGGUGCCUUCAGGUAGUUUUAGUCGUUAAUAGGUUUUUAUACAGUAUCAUAGCACCGACUAAAUAUAAGGAGAAGAACUCAAAAGGUUUGAGUUUUAUUGACGAUAAAGCAGUUCGAUUGGCAAAAGCUGAACAACAUUUUCUUGGACUCCAAUUAGCUAGUAAUGAUGGAAAAAUAAGAUUGAUGGAGUCGCCAAAUGUUGCUGACUGGUUUGAAGAUAAUCGAAGAAUCUUUACAGAAAAAUAUAAGAAUGGAAUUAAUAGAACAAGAGUUCAAAUGAUUAGACUUAUUGAUAACAUUCUCCAUCGUGCAAUACGAGUUGAUGUUGUUAAUCAAGAAACUGACGAUUGGGUAUUUGGAUGUGAAGCUAUUGAUUUAGCUGGAUCAUCUAGAUAUUGUGCGAAUGCCAUGUCCUUAUCGAAUUAUAUAGUCAAAGUUCCAAGUGAAUUACCUGAUCGAGUCACAUUGUCAUUAAAUCUUCACGAGUUAAAGGAAAGAAAUCCUAGAUGGACACAUAUUCUUUUAAAAUUCACACCGACACGUGAACCUUUUCAGUUUUCUGUUGACAUCCAUAAUCCAUCAGAUCGUGAGAUUAAGGUCCAAAUGCCCAAAUUUUACUCAUUUAGUACAGUUAAGCUACUUGAUGAUACUCUCUUAGGCGCUUCAUACUAUAAAAUGGAAUUAACAGGAUUAGACGAAACACAUCAAGCACUUGAAUUAAUAUUAACUCCUAGAAAUUGUUUAAGACAUCGGAGCUUAGCAAAGAUUUGUGUGCCAUGGACAGUUGGAUUUGAUAGAUUCCAUGAGUUCACAGAUGGUGACAGUUUAUUUGUUUGGACACCAAAAUCUCGUCCAUUAAAUUACAAUACAUCUCAAAAUCCAAUAUCUAUUGAGCUUUUGAUUGAUUCUGAUUGUCGAUACACAAUAUCAGUUCGUCAGUCAAUAAGUCAAACAUUGGCAAGGAUUGUUCAACAGUUUUCACAUUGGUUACCUGCUCAUUUCGUGGCAAUCUUAUGUCUCGCAAUAAAACAUCAAAUGUCAGUGACACCAAAAGGAGAAGAAUUUAAAUGUGGAACCUUCCAUAAAGCGUUAGCAACAUGUACUCCAUUUUUCAUUGUUACUGUGUCACGGCUCUUCUUUAAAUUCAUUUUAAUGAUGAAGGUUUUACCGAAGCCGGAAACUUUACCGACAUCACUAACAGUAUCAAUUGUUAUCCAUGGAUCAGCUUUAGCUAUCAUAUUCUUAUUGACUGGAUUCAUGUGGGCUGGAAUAAUGUUUUGUGGAAGCAUUGCUCACAAGCUAUUGUUUAGAAUUGUACAUCUACCUAUUCCAGUCAUUUCUGAUGCUGUUAUUACAAUUAUAGAAAAAUUUCCAGCUUCGGUUGCUGCUUUAUUAGUAUCGUUGAUAUAUGCAUCAUGUGGAGGAAUUGCCUUAGUAGUUGCGUGUAUUGUGUACUUUAUUUUCCUUUCAAAAAUGUAUGAAGACUAUUUGGAGAAUUUCGUGUUUAAAACAGCAAAGUUUAUUGCAAAGAAAUUAUUUGGUCGUGUGAGACGAUCGAGAAAUGAACAAACAAGUGACACUGAACACGAGAAGAGUGAUAAAGAAUCAAAUGAUAAAAGCAACAUGAAAGAGGAAGAGUCAAAUGUAUCCAAAGAAAAUGAUCUCAUAGAUAAUGCAGAGCAAAAAGCUCUAGUCAAAUCAGAUUCGCAGAGUAUUUUAGAAAAGAGUGAUGAAGACAAAUCAACUGAGGAAAUAGAGAAAAUGCUGGAAGAACUUAUGACAAAACAACGUGAAGACAAGUUAAAGAAUGAAAAGAAUCAGGGAUUUUCAAGAGUAGAAUAUGAUUCGUUGACUGAAGGACUGGAUGAGAUUAAUUUUCAUUUGCCUUUGUUCUUCUUGCUAGUUGUCAUUACGAUUCUUGGUUUACCGAGCGUUGUAACAUGGGCAAAAAAUUAUCAUUUUACAAGAAUUUUAAGCCCCGAUCCGAUGAGAAUAUCAGCAACAGUUGUAUUGGCUUGCCUUGGAUUUAUUUGGCAAUUUAACACACCAAGAGAUGUAAUGGGCUACAAAAUUGUGAGCAGCACCUUGUACAUCAUCGCAGUUGUAUCAGUUUUGUACUGUCAAGAAGCAAUUUAUCGACUUAAUUUUAUAAUCCCUGGAAUUUUCGUGAUAAUUGCUCUACAUCAAGUUCUAUCACCAAAACAAAAACGUAUUAUUGAAGAUAUGCCGAACGCGACAGAUUUCUUUGACAAAAUGAAGUCCAAUUAUGAUCGUUUUAAAAUUGUAAAAGAUUUUAUCAGCAAAUAAUUUUAGCUCCUCUAAAAUCUUGUUGAAGUCAAAGACUAUAAAGGGAUUUGAAAUGUUCAAGCACUAAUGGCAUCUAUAAAUUUAUUGUUAAAUCUACACGGAGAUUCUGAAACCACAAACUCUUAAAUGUCGGAUGUCAUUAGUGAAUAGCCUAUAAAUAAGAUUUGUAAGCUGACAAAUCUGACAAAAACAGUUUGAUGAAAUAAACUUUCACUGUUCAUGAACAAAUUUUUGACUUAAGUUAAAAUUAUUUAACCGAAAACCCAAAAACACUAAACCUGACGUAGAAACUGAAUUUAACAUUUUAACCUGAUUAUUUAAAUCAGCUUCUUUUAUUAAAUAAAAACUUUUUUUUAUUGUGGUUCUUUUUAAAGAAUCCUCAAAAUAUUUCUCAAACUUACUGCAAACGCAUUUCUUAAAGUUCUUUUAAAGCUGUUCAAAAAUUUGUUCAUGAUGACUAAUAAUGAUUUUUUCAAUUCAUGAUAUAUUAGGAAAUGGAAUGUCGAGAAUGAAACAGCAAGUUGAACAGUAUAAAGUAUUUUCGAAUAUUUUAAGAGUUAUCGUUACUUUCUUUUACUUUAAAUAAAUGCUUUAUUAGUUAAAAAUGAUUGUAAAUUAAGCACAUUAGAAAUGUAGAAAAAUCUGUUAUUUUUCACAAAUUGAAGAACAAUGCAAGCAAGUCACGUUUAGUGUUAAAGAGACAUUUCAAAGACAAAACGAAUAGUAAUAAUUUCAAAAUAAACUUAAAACUAUCAUCUAAUUUGUGAAUGGUGAUUUAAAGACACUCUUUGUGAAAUGAAAAUUUGUAAAAUUUACUUUUAAAGAAAAUAAUAAAAAUUGAGAU